AGCUUCAAUGAUGAGAAAAGCCAAGACAAGAGUUGUCAUCAUAGCAGGGGCUCUUGGUUUGUUGGUCUUCCAUUUCUGUAAACAUUCUACUGAACACAAAAGUGUAAACCCCAACAUAAACUUGAGACUCAGGAAACUGAGCCCGCUCAACAAAAGUGACUCCCAUGUGUACUCCUGGCCAAAAUGUCAACAAAAUCACACUGCUGCCAAUAUCACAGGCUUUGGAAGCCUUCCCCAAAAUAUCAAAGAUUUUCUCUACUACCAGCACUGCCGUCACUUCCCCAUGCUGCUGGACCUUCCUGACAAAUGUGGAGGAGCUGAAAAGUCUGGGGAUGUCUUUCUUCUGCUGGUCAUCAAAAGCUCCCCCAUGAACUAUGAACGGCGGGAGGUGCUGCGCAAAACCUGGGCUAAAGAGAGAUUACACAACGGUUUGUGGAUACGAAGGAUCUUCCUCUCAGGGACGUCGGGUAGCGGUUUAGAGAAGGAACGGCUGAACAAACUGCUGGAGCUGGAGCAACGGGAGUUCAGUGACAUCCUCCAGUGGGACUUCAGUGACACAUUUUACAACCUCACCUUGAAGCAGAUCCUCUUCUUAGAAUGGAUGGAGAGAAACUGUCCAAAUGUUCACUUCCUGUUUAAUGGUGAUGAUGAUGUGUUUGCUCACACUGAUAACAUGGUAUUGUAUCUCCACAGUCUUGAUGAUAGAGAUGAAACCAAGCAUCUGUUCACUGGCCAUCUUAUCCAAAAUGUGGGGCCAAUCCGAUCAUCAGGUAGCAAAUAUUUUGUCCCAGUUCAGGUGGAGGAGUCAAACUCAUACCCGCCUUACUGCGGUGGUGGCGGCUUCCUUCUGUCUGGCUACACAGCAAAAGUUAUAUAUAAUAUGUCCAGAUCCAUUCCUAUUCUUCCCAUUGAUGAUGUUUACAUGGGGAUGUGUCUGGCCAAAGCAGGACUUCAUCCGGCCUCCCAUUUGGGGGUGAAGACUGCAGGUUUUAAGAUUUCCGCUGUCACAGCAGAUGAAUAUGAUCCCUGCUUUUACAAAGAAAUUUUACUUGUGCACAGAUUCCUCCCAACUCAGAUAGCUUCAAUGAUGAGAAAAGCCAGGACAAGAGGUGUCAUUCUAGCAGGGGCUCUUGUUUUGUUGGUCUUCCAUUUCUGUAAACAUUCUACUGAACACAAAAGUGUAAACCCCAACAUAAACUUAAGACUCAGGAAACUGAGCCCGCUCAACAAAAGUGACUCCCAUGUGUACUCCUGGCCAAAAUGUCAACAAAAUCACACUGCUGCCAAUAUCACAGGCUUUGCGAACCUUCCUGAAAAUAUGAAAGAUUUUCUCUACUACCAGCACUGCCGUCACUUCCCCAUGCUGCUGGACCUUCCUGACAAAUGUGGAGGAGCUGAAAAGUCUGGGGAUGUCUUUCUUCUGCUGGUCAUCAAAAGCUCCCCCAUGAACUAUGAACGGCGGGAGGUGCUGCGCAAAACCUGGGCUAAAGAGAGAUUACACAACGGUGUGUGGAUACGAAGGAUCUUCCUCUCAGGGACGUCGGGUAGCGGUUUAGAGAAGGAACGGCAGAACAAACUGCUGGAGCUGGAGCAACGGGAGUUCAGUGACAUCCUCCAGUGGGACUUCAGUGACACAUUUUACAACCUCACCUUGAAGCAGAUCCUCUUCUUAGAAUGGAUGGAGAGAAACUGUCCAAAUGUUCACUUCCUGCUUAAUGGUGAUGACGAUGUAUUUGCUCACACUGAUAACAUGGUACUGUAUCUCCACAGUCUUGAUGAUAGAGAUGAAACCAAGCAUCUGUUCACUGGCCAAAUGAACACAAAUAUGAUUGCAAUCCGAUCAUCAGAUAGUAAAUAUUUUGUCCCAGUUCAGUUGCAGGAGUCAGAUUUAUUCCCACCUUACUGCAGUGGAGGCGGCUUCCUUCUGUCUGGCUACACAGCAAAAGUUAUAUAUAAUAUGUCCAGAUCCGUUCCUAUUCUUCCCAUUGAUGAUGUUUACAUGGGGAUGUGUCUGGCCAAAGCAGGACUUCAUCCAACCUCCCAUUUGGGGGUGAAGGCAUUUGGGUUUCAAAUUUCCGCAAUCACAGCAGAUGAAUAUGAUCCCUGCUUUUACAAAGAAAUUUUACUAGUGCACAGAUUCCUCCCAACUCAGAUGAAUGUAUUCAUGCAAUUGCAAACUUUCCUACUGCUGGGACUGGUGGGAGUUGCUGUUGUGAUGAUAUAUAUCAGUAAAGAUGCUGACUCCAACAUCUACAACGUCCCACCAGACGAGGCGGAAUAUUGCUGCCAAGUGAAGAAUGACCUCAAAAACCAUUCAAAACAUUUAUUCUCCCCGUCAAAAUGCAAAGAAAACACGUCUGUUACUAAAAUCACAGGCUUUGACUCUCUGCCUGAUUCUCUAAAGAACUUCCUCUACUACCAGCACUGCCGUCACUUCCCCAUGCUGCUGGACCUUCCUGACAAAUGUGGAGGAGCUGAAAAGUCUGGGGAUGUCUUUCUUCUGCUGGUCAUCAAAAGCUCCCCCAUGAACUAUGAACGGCGGGAGGUGCUGCGCAAAACCUGGGCUAAAGAGAGAUUACACAACGGUGUGUGGAUACGAAGGAUCUUCCUCUCAGGGACGUCGGGGAGUGGGUUUGAGAAAAAAACCCUGAACAAACUGCUGGAGCUGGAGCACUACGAGUUCGGGGACAUCCUCCAGUGGGACUUCAGUGACACGUUUCACAACCUCACCCUGAAGCAGACGCUCUUCCUAAACUGGCUGGAGGAAAACUGUCCAAAUGCUCGCUUUCUGCUUAAUGGUGAUGAUGAUGUGUUUGCCCACACCAGCAACAUGGUCAGGUAUCUCCAAAGCCUCCCAGACAAUAAUGGAAGCAAGCACCUUUUCACUGGUCACUUGUUGGCAACCGAGAGGCCUGUUAGGUGGGCACCCAGUAAGUAUUAUAUUCCAACUCAGAUACAGGAGUCGAACUUUUAUCCCCCUUAUUGUGGAGGAGGAGGCUUUUUAAUGUCGGGCUACACAGCAAAGGUGAUACACAGAACGGCUCAGGAUGUACCUCUCCAUCCCAUUGAUGACGCUUAUAUGGGGAUGUGUCUGGCCAAAGCAGGACUCGUUCCCUCUUCUCACAUUGGCGUGAAGACGGUGGGACUAAGCAUUCUCUCCAAAGUAAAAGAUGAUCUCGAGCCUUGCUAUUUGAGGGAGCUUCUGCUUGUGCACAGAUUCCUUCCAUCUCAGAUAUAUCUCAUGUGGAAACAGGUGCACGACCCAUAUCUGAAAUGCGGAAAACGGCAAAAAAACAUUUGGCGCUUUCUG